CUGCUUGUUUGUGGGACUCCACAUGUAAACACUGAUGGCCUGCAGCUCCUCCUGUCAGCUGAGCAGCGAUGAUCCAGGUGAAAAACCGCCUCAGGUUCAGCUCUGUGGGCAUCUCCGCUGCCAGGCUGUUCUCCUCCGGAGCCGCCAAGAACCCGCUGGUGUUUCUGGACGUGGAGGCGGACGGUGAGCCUCUGGGGAGGAUAACCAUCCAGCUGCAUGCAGACGCAGUGCCAAAAACUGCAGAGAACUUCAGAGCUCUGUGCACUGGGGAACAUGGCUUUGGAUACAAGGGAUCAGUGUUCCACAGAGUCAUACCUGAGUUCAUGUGUCAGGGAGGAGAUUUCACCAACCACAACGGCACAGGAGGCAAAUCUAUUUAUGGGAAAACAUUUAAAGGUGAAAACUUCAAAUUGAAACACACCGGUCCAGGGACACUUUCAAUGGCAAAUUCAGGGCCGAACACCAACGGCUCGCAGUUCUUCAUCUGCACCACUAAAACCGAAUGGCUUGAUGGUAAACAUGUGGUGUUCGGGCAGGUGAAGGACGGUAUGGAUGUGGUCACCAAGAUGGAAUCCUUUGGUUUACACGAUGGCGGUGUGAUCAAAAAAAUUGUCAUCACUGACUGUGGGGAGAUCAAAUAACACCCUAAGACCAUUCACAGACUUCUGUCCGAUGACUCAAUAUGCAACCAUUUGCUAUUUACUUUAUCUCCCCUUCCUGAUUCAUGAUGCUUCCAAGGAGGAACUGUCCCAGGUGAUUCUGUUCUUAACUCAGAUUUGCAGUUUUUACCAUUAAUCAUUUUGUCACGAGAUCCAGAGAUUUAUGAUUUUAUGCUCCAAAUCAGUAUGAAAUGUUGAUAUAGUGUGUGAGAAAGUUAAGUUUUAACUUGGCCAAUCUACUUUGUGUCCAAGUGCUAAGCCAUCCACUGUAUAAAGUUACUGUGCAGUUAAUCUCUGUUUACUGCCAAAUAAAUGACAAUUUUCAGAUUUUA